AUGCAGACUUAUCCACCACCACCACCGUCGGCGUAUCCUCCUCCUGGGCAGAAUUACCCACCUCCCGGUCAGGCAUACAAUUAUCCCCAAGGUUAUGGUCAGCCCCAACCGGCAUACGGAAGUCACCCCAACUCAACAGUCAUUGUGACGCAGGCUGGUGUCGUCGGGAUUGGAAACUGCCCUCACUGCAGAAGAGGGUUUAUACGGGAUCAGUACUCGCCGAUCGGGCUGGUGUUGGCCAUCUGCUUCUUCCCAUUGGGUAUCAUCUGCUGCGUCCUUAUGGCCGAGAAACGCUGCAACAGCUGCGGCGUGAGAUGUUAG